GGGCCAUUGCCAUCGAAAAAGCUUCAAGCUACCCCAAAGAUAGAUUGACAAGCUUUGUUCGAAAUCUUGCUACCUGAUCGCUUCACGGGCCAGAGACCCGACGCCAGACCUCACACGUUCCGUUGACAUCCUCAUAUAAGUCGACGAGUGCCUUUUUGCCGUCAACUUUAUAGCGGCAGAUCCAUACCAUUACUGACAAACGUAGGUGGUCUUCCACUCGAGUUCCUUUUUGUUUUCUUAGUGUGUCUUCUUUUCCCCCCAGUCUCGUUUCUCCAUACAAGAUGGACUCCUCCUAUUCAGACCAAGACUUCGACAACACUUACUCACACAACGCCAGAUCGAGAGCCGGUAGCGGGGUGUCUACAACAGAAGGGCUCUUUCAGAACUUGCAGCUUGCCGAGUCUCCGUCCCUGGAAACCGGUUCCUAUACCAGCAGCAGCAGACCACCAUCCUCGAGGCGCCUGGCCUCACCCGUAUACUUAAGUCCGAGCCUGUCCCACCCGCCCACCUAUCUUUCCAGCUCCAUCUCUCCACAUCAACAACACUUUGCACACCUACCCUCGGACACUGAGUGGUUCGAAGCGGAACACGCAUCAGUCCACGGCACACCACUGUUACGACUGGAACCUGCACCAGACCACGGGGAAACGGCUUCGACGUCAUCGCCGCUGGCAUCGAUCGAGCCGGAAAGCAUGAGCGCCGUUGCCGUAUCAUACGAUCCAGGAUUCAGCAUGGGAAGCAGAUCUUCUUUCACUUGGCCAGUAUUGGACUCUGGAAGCGGUCUUUUGCCGCCUGACAUGAGCCACCACUACGGAUCAGAAGCCAGUUUAUCACCGCCCAGCGGAUCACGCUCGAUCACGGGCAGCCCGCCAAGAAACACACUCACGCCGGAACAGAGGGAACUAAAACGCCAACGAGACCAGGCCCGACACAGUUCGAAGAUGCACGCUCGCGGGCGAAGGGCGGGAAGUGGCUCCGAAUCGGUGUACUCACCUCCAGUAGCGCUGGCCGACUUGACGACAGGCUCCUCCACGAUGCCGAUCUAUACCACCGCGCCAUCUCAAAUGUCGCUCAUGGCCGAACCUACAACGUCACAUUAUUUGCCGCCCUUCUCGCCUCCCCUUCCAGAUCAAAGCCAGACAAACAUGUUCCCGAGUCCCUACCCGCCACAGUCGUACAUGCCAGGCUACAGCUACCAGCCAUCUCCGGCCCCGAGUCUACCAUCGCACUAUGGCAGCAGACCAGUCAUGGGAGACCCGAAUCUUGGCAUGUACUCAGUUCCACCCGUGAUGGGCCCAGGACCUCAAGAAACGAGCGGACAGGUACGAGUGGUACACAGCCGACCAAAGCCACAGUGUUGGGAGCACGGAUGCAACGGUCGCCAGUUUUCUACCUUCAGCAACCUUCUCCGGCACCAGCGUGAAAAGUCAGGACAGGCCACGAAGGCGACGUGUCCCAACUGCGGCGCAGAAUUCACACGAACCACGGCGAGAAAUGGGCAUCUGGCACACGACAAGUGCAAGAAGAAGAGCAGCAACUGAGCUCCAGCGGGCUGCAGGUGUUUCUGGAUUUGCGUUUCGACUACAAUUUCUAUUCUGAUUUCUGUACACAUCCCUUUUGCAUGGCGAGAUUUUGGGAGGGAAUUUUGGUUCUUUUCUUCUGGACAUUUUAUCUUUUCUCUAUACACUUCUUCUCUGGUACAUUAUGCCUUUUUUUUUUUUUUUUUUUCGGUGGGUUUUUCUAGAAUUAGGGGACAGUGAAGAGUGCUUCUCAGGGGGUCGCAUAUACUAGGGGAUGGCGAAAACGAUGCCGAACUUAUAGGUGUAGAAGACUGGGAGUUCGGCAGCUUGCUCCAGAAAAGGGAACCGGCAACAAAGGGGGGAUUUGAUGUGUGUUAUUUGAGGACCUGUGAUGGCGCAGGUUACGAGCCUUCUUUGGCCAAUUACUAUACCCAUUUUAUUAAGCAGAAAUAUGAUCAAUGUAACAAGCACCGUUGAGUGUGCAUCGGCAAAGGUUACA